UUGAAACGCGAAACACCGGCUAAUAUACUUUAUUAUUUAUUUUACUCCCCAGGCGUAAAAGAGCGUUUUAAGGUUCAAGUCUUUGAUGAGACGUCGGGAACUGCCAUCUUUGCCCUUGAGAAGGAGAAGAGAGAAUUAAUUUGCUAUGUACACGAUGCCGAGGACGGAAAUUUGGUUGAACCCCAAGGCUAUCUGUGGGAAGUCAAUUAUCCAGGUGCGGGCUGGACCCAUGAGUUCAGGGAAGGUGACAUUGCCGCACUGGUGAGGGGACACUCCUCCAAACAGCUGAUUCUGGAUGGUCUGCUGGUGCCCGACACUAAGCCCAGACAAACCUCGGUCUCCUACGCCCUACGAUGUGUCGCCAAAUACAACGAAACCUACGCAAUCAGUUCUCGGGCCUUCCCAGUCAAUGUUCACCGGCGGCCAAUGCUGACUGAAAUUAAAUUGCUCCGAGAAAAGCCGACCCAAGAACCCCUGCUUGGUGUUCCCGCAGAGGACAGUUACAAUGCGACCCACGACUACGCUGUAUCUUGUAGACCUGAGCAUACGGCCGGAGAUGUAAACGUUGCGUGGGAGAAGUGCGAAGAUGAGGAAUGUACAUCAGUGUCCCCCAUUUAUCCCCCAUCGGACCAACUCCUUUUCCUCGCUGACUCAACCUCUUUUGAAAAUGAAGGCAAAUACCGCUGCUAUGUGACUCUCACUUUGCGCGACUAUAACUUCGAAUUAAUCAAGACCGCGGAAUUGAACUUGAAGAGAAUGGCAAAACCGGCCAUCUACAGCUCGGAACAGAAGGUUGUGACACUGGAUGACGAACUGAUGCUCCAGUGCACUGACCGCUCAUCAUCUCCCGAGGCCGAGGUCAAAUGGUCCUUCAAGCCUCGUGGUACAGCCCCACCACAAAAUAUGGACCCCUUCAAGCUUGGCAGCACCUUUGUGCACCAACGGACAUACGUUUUUGUGUAA